UUCUGACCUGAGUUUAAAUAGGAAAACCUCUGAGUAUAAAAAUGAAUGGUGAUGAUUGCAAAAUUUUGGCUCAUAGGCAGCAUGUUAAAUAUUUUAUGAGAUUUUUGAAUGUUUUACCAUCCUCUCUAUCUUCACACGAUACUACCAGAGUCACCAUAGCAUAUUUUUCAGUGGCAGGAUUAGAUGUGCUAGGAUCAAUAACAAAUAUCACACUGGAGCUCCGAUCAAGAAUCAUCGAAUGGAUAUAUCGUCUGCAAGUACACCCUAAUAAAGAAACUGGCGACAUGUCAGCGUGCGGUUUUCAAGGCUCCUCUACAGUGAACAUAGAUAUUGGUCCUCCCAACUCCCAUUACCGGUGCGGCCAUCUUGCCAUGACGUACACCGGGUUGUGCAUACUGCUGACACUGGGUGAUGAUCUCACGAGGAUCAAUAGGAAGGCGCUGGUUGCAGGUGUCAAAGCACUUCAGCGGGAGGAGGGUAACUUCUCAGCGACUCUAUCCGGCUGCGAGUCGGACAUGCGGUUCGUGUAUUGUGCUGCCUGCAUCAGCUACAUUCUAAAUGAUUGGUCCGGCUUUGAUGUGCAGCGGGCUACGGACUACAUCCUAAAGUCUAUAGGCUACGACUACGGCAUCGCUCAGUGUCCAGAACUAGAAUCUCACGGCGGCACCACUUUCUGUGCAUUGGCAACCCUGAGCCUCACCAACCAGCUCGACAAACUUUCGGAGGAGCAAAUAGAGUACCUAAAACGAUGGCUGCUCUUCCGGCAAAUCGACGGGUACCAAGGCAGACCUAACAAACCUGUGGAUACAUGCUACAGUUUCUGGGUUGGAGCGUCCCUGAAAAUUCUGGAUGCACUACACCUGUCAAACUAUAAAAGCAACAGAAGCUACGUAUAUGAGACCCAAGAUAUAGUGGUUGGUGGGUUCUCAAAAUGGCCCGAUACCUGCACAGAUCCUAUGCACACCUAUUUAGGCCUAGCAGGACUGAGUUUGAUAGGUGAGAAGGAUUUACUAGAAAUUGUACCCACGCUGAAUAUAACAAGACGUGCGCACGAACAUUUGAAAUCGUUGCAUUUGCAGUGGGCUUUGGAGUCAUAGUUUGAAUUUUAUACUUAGGGUAGAGGGUUAUUCUAUGUUUCCAUACAAGAAAAUGUUGCCAGUUAUGAAUAAUAUUUUUUCUACAAAAAGUUAGUUGAGGAGGGACGCAUUUUGUUACUUCGGCCUUCUCUAUCCUAAUAAAAAUAUUUGUACAUCUAAUAAUUUUAUAGGGUCUUCUUGUUUUGGUCUGCCACAGUCGAGAAGUCACUUGGUAGAUAAAUAAAGGAGACCUUGAUACAACUAUUCAAUAACAUUUCGCUGCGUAAAAUAUAUUAUCUUUAUUAGAAAGAGGGUUAUUCUAUAGUAUCAUUACUUAUUAGUGAUAAAUAUUUUUCUCCUUAUAUUUUUGACCCAAGGAAAUAAAAUUUUGUAUGGAUUAUUUUUUAUACACGCACAAUCUUGCAUAAUAAUAUUUUUUUCCGGGCCAGGGGAACAAACAUUUUUUAUCAAGUGAUAAUGCUAAAGAUAAAUAUAAUAGAAAAAGUUUUCUUGUAUGGAAAUAUGCGUUAUACUAAACAAAGUCAAUUUUAGAACAAGCUUGUCUAAAUGUAUGUGUAUGUAGUAUGUACUAUGUGAGCACUAUGCCAACAAGUGUUGUUAAAUGAAGGUGUAAUUUUUGAUAUAUUUCCUAGUCGAGUAACUUUUUGAGAUUCUUUAUUUCGUAAAAAAUAUCAACAUUUUUAAUAUUUUUACCCUUUAACGAAAUUAGAAA